UUCGCUUCGUCAUUCGCACGCAUACAGAUUACUAUUGUUGGAGAGAACGAACACACAAAAGAAAAAUAGGAGUUUUCUAUACGAAUCGACGCCCAACCCAGCCCAAAAAGAACAUAUUUACUGUCGUUUUCAAUAUAAAUCAGUUUAACCGUUAUUCACAAAACUAGUUCGGUAUGCAAACCAUCAAGUGCGUGGUCGUUGGAGAUGGAGCUGUGGGCAAGACGUGCCUGCUGAUAUCGUACACAACCAACAAAUUUCCAUCAGAAUAUGUGCCAACUGUAUUUGACAACUAUGCGGUGACAGUGAUGAUUGGCGGCGAGCCCUAUACGCUUGGAUUAUUCGAUACGGCCGGCCAGGAGGAUUACGAUCGGCUGCGUCCGCUCUCAUAUCCGCAAACGGAUGUGUUUCUCGUCUGCUUCUCGGUGGUCAGCCCCAGUUCAUUUGAGAAUGUUAAGGAGAAGUGGGUGCCGGAAAUAACGCACCAUUGCCAAAAAACGCCGUUCCUGCUGGUGGGCACACAAAUUGAUUUGCGCGACGAGACAAGCACAUUGGAGAAGCUGGCCAAGAACAAGCAGAAACCCAUUACAUCCGAGCAGGGCGAAAAGCUUGCCAAGGAGCUGAAGGCAGUCAAAUAUGUGGAGUGCUCGGCACUAACACAGAAGGGCCUGAAAAACGUUUUCGAUGAGGCCAUUCUGGCCGCACUGGAGCCGCCAGAGCCAUCCAAGAAGAGGAAAUGCAGAUUCCUUUAAUUUUUUUUGAUUGUCUGUUGUUUUUUCGGUUGUUUUUUUUCGUCGCCCUCAACAAAAAAAAAAAAAAAGAAAAAAGAAAACAAAAAAACUUGUACUACUAUAUACUAUAUCUGUAUGAUACCUUUUCUAUCCAAUUUUCAAUUUUUCUUCUUAUUUUAAAUUGUAUCUAUUCUCGCUUUCCAACUGUCCUCCUCUCCUCUUGCCUUGGAGCCCAGUGCUCCAAGCAAACCUAAGCAAACGCAAAUCCUUUGCAAUCGUAAUCAAUUUUUAUUUGAAUUAGUUUCUUUUAAUGUGCUACAUUUUGCUUAACCUAAAUGAAAUCAAAUCAAAACUUCUGCUUACGCAUCAGCCCUCGUUAACCCCAACCCCUACCCAGCCCACCUUUGUCCCCCUCUCUAUUGCUUUUGGCGCAAUAUUCUUAUAAGACACAGCAGAAAAAUAAGCAAAAAAACAAACAAAACAACAACAAUAACAACAUAGCAAACAAAUUAUUUAUACAUAUAUAUAAAAAUAUAUAUAUACAAAAUUAAGAGAAGGUAAAGAAAGCAAAACAAAACAAAAAAUCACAAGAACAAAAACAAAAGAGAAAAUUUUAUGUUUUGCAUAAAUAUAAAAAAUAAAAAAAAACCUAACAAAUAGGAGCAAAAAAGAAAAGCUUAGUGUGAAGAAAGAAGAAAUGUUCACAGCAAUAGAAAGAGAAGCGAGCAGAGAGACGUGAAAUAUAAAACAAAGUAACAGAUACAUAAAUACAUAUAAUGCAUAUAUGGAGCAAAAUAAUAAUAAAAACAUAUAAAAAUAUGUCUAUCAUUUGUUUACAAACACACACACGCAAUUCGCAAUUCGGACUCGCAUUAACUAAAAAGUUAUAUAAAAUUGCGUAAUGUAUGUAGCGCUAUUAUGUAAUAAAAGUAAGAGUAUUUAAAUAAUUAAGUAAGGGUUGCGAAAACAAAAGCAUUGAAAAAAUGAUAACGAAAACCACAAUUAAAAAAUCUAAACUAUAUAAGUAUAAUCCAUAAAGUAACAAAAACAAAAAACAAAAAGCAAAAACAGCAACAACAACAACAGCAAGAAGCGAAAGAAAAAAAAUGAGAUAAAAUUGUAUUGUAGUUCAGCAUGAAAGCAAUGAAGAUAAAGAACUAAUGCAUUUUUUAAUAUUUUUAUAUGUAUACAUUAUCAAUUUUUACAUUUUUUUUUUUUUAGACCUUAGACAUUUGACAUUAUUGAUUUCAGAUAUUAUAAUAAAAAACAAAAACAAA